CAGUGACCCUGCGACCCCGGGCGCAAGGUCCUACGACCCAGUCCAGGGCCACCAGCCCAUCGUCUGCCAACUGCAGGUACUCUCGGGCCAGCUCCGGCCCCGGCCCGACGGGCAGCACGAAGUGGAGAAGGGUCUGCAGGUGGGGUCCGGAGAGCCAGGAGCGAGGGCCCGGCUCCAGAGCCGCCGAGCGCCGCAGCGCGCGCAGCAGGCACUGGGCCAGCGCCGACGGCUUACAGAGGAGGCUGCACCCACCUGGCAGCCGCUGGCUCCCGACGCUGAACUGGUCGGCAGGGCCUCCACCGUCCACUUCUUCCUCGCUGUCUCGGCCCUGGGACUCCGGCAGGGUCUCUGCUCCGACGGCGCGCCUGCAAAGGCACCCGAGCCGCGGGGCGAGCAGGAGGAGUAGGGCGAGCAGGGCCAGGAACAGCGCCAGGGCAGCGCCCCACGGCGGCAUGGUGGUGACCGGGCCGGCGGAGGAGGCGGGAGCCGAUUGUCCCGAAGGCCUGUGGCCUCUGCCCCCACAGGUGUCCCCCAGGGUGAGCUACACACGUGUGAGCCUGGUGCAGCCUGAGGCGAUUGCCUUCCUCUACCACCCCUGUGCCCACCCCUGGCUAAAGCUGCAGCUUGCCCUCCUGGCCCACGCUUCUGUGCCCAAACCAUGGCUCGCUCCUGACUCCAGCCUCCCACGGAACCGGCCUGUGGUACUGAGAGCCUGGGGGCUGGCCCUGGAGAUGGCAUGGAUACAGCCCUCCUUGGCUGCCCAAUGGCUGAAGAGGAGGCGGUGGAGGAAACAGACAAAGAAGAAAGUGUGGUUCCAUUCUGAGGCGCUUCCUGGGCCUUCCCCCUCAGGCCCGGGGAGGCCGUGUGUGAGCAGGUGUACACAGGCUCUGAUCCUGGCUCCCAGCUGGUCGCCUCCCCAUGCAGAGGUGACCUGGAGAGGGCCCAGGCGGCCCUCACCCAGUGAAGCCAAGAGGCGGGGGCUGCGGGCAGCCCUUGGUCCCCAGCCCACUCCUUCAGGCUUGAGAUUUCCCUCCCCUUCCCCGAGGAGCUGGAAACUCCAGCAACCAGAGACGCUGGGGGCCUUGGCUAAGGGGAGCAGAGCUCCGGGUGUGCCUGCUGUCCCCUUGCUGCAUGGGGAUCCCAGCGGCAACACCAGCUCGGGGACAGGUGUUCAGGAACCCACUGGGCAGGGUAACCCCAGGGGCUGUGCCUGCCCCACCCAGGCAUCCCUGGCCCCUCGGGCAGCGGCGCCUCCGCGGGCAGCUCAGGGUCCCACCCCACGCACUGAGGAGGCCGCGUGGGCAGCCAUGGCCCUGACCUUCCUUUUGGUGCUGCUCACCUUGGCCACACUGUGUACACGGCUGCACCGAAACUUCCGGCGAGGGGAGAGCAUCUACUGGGGGCCAGCCGCUGACAGCCAGGACACGGUAGCCGCAGUGCUGAAGCGGAGGCUACUGAUGCCCCCGCGCCGGGGCAAACGCUCACGACGGAGACCUCUACUCCCGCCCACACCGGACAGUGGCCCAGAUGGGGACAGCUCUGACUGACCUGCCCCAGCCCAGC